GAAUAAGAUCACCAUUUCUUCAAUUAGGGUUUGUUUAUUUUAAUCUCUUUCUUUUCCACAAGAACAUCCUAGUUCAUGUCUCUGCUUCUCCGACGGCUCUCGAAGCUCAGCUCUGAGAAACCUGCGUUGGUAACAUCCUCGGUUCUCCGUCGUUCUAAUGGCUUCUCGUCUUCCUCGCUGCAAACUCCUCCGUGUACCAUCGUCGGCGCCGCUCCUUGUGGAGCGGAUCUCGGGAAACUCGUGAUUAUGAAUGCUACUAAAAAUGGCUGCACUCAUUUGGAGAAGAAGGUGCCUAUGGAGUUGGUGUAUAGUGAUCCAAUGGUGACGAUAGGGGCAUCUCAUGGCUGGGUUGCUACUCGGAAGCACGACGGAAUCGUGCGUCUCCAAGACGAUCUAAACCCAUAUGCAUCGGAUACAGAUCCGAAACGCAUCUCGCUGCCUCCUCUCGUGACUCUGCCUCGUUGCCAAACCCAAGUUGUGACCAACGUGGCCAUGUCCUCGUCUUCCCCGGAGGAUGAGGACUGUGUUGUGGCUGUCAAGUUCUUGGGGUCUCAACUCAGCUUUUGCAGACCCGCUCAAGCUAAUUCCGAGUGGAUCAACUUCAGGAUCGCUAGCCCCUGCUUCUACUCCUCCCCUGUCAUGUUUUCCAAGACACAUGACAUGUUUUGCAUUCCCGGAUCCGGAGGCCAUCUCAUCGGAUCAUGGGAUCCUCGGGCACACAAGCACAAACCCAAGUUCCAGAGGUUGCGAUUCCAAAACCUUCCCGAGCUGACCAAGACCAAACGGGAGCUUUUGCAAUCGUGUUGCACGAGUGAACACUUGGUGGAGUCGAGAACCACCGGUGAAACGUUCUUGGUUAAGUUAUACCGGAGGGCCACCGCCAGUGGUACCGUGAAAAUGCAAACGAAAGCUCUAAUGGUCUUCAAGCUUGAUGAAGAAGGAAACGCUGUUUACACUCAAGACAUUGGAGAUCUCAGCAUUUUCAUCUCAAAGUCUGAACCGUUCGCUGUCCCUGCUUCUUCCUUCCCUGGCAUGGCCCCUAACUACGUCCAAUUCUUCGACGUCGAAGAGAGCAUCUCCGCCAGUCUGCCUCGUUCAUCCAUCGUUGGUGGAAACUGUACAUUCAACGCACCUUACCAGAUUCCACCUCAGAACAUAGGCUAGUGGUUUUGAAUUGAGUCUACUAGUUGGUUGGAAUUGAGUCUACUAGUGCUUUUGAGUUGAGUCUUCCAUUGUUUGAGUCUGUCUUUUCUAUUAAACCUUUCAAAAAUAAAAUCUUCUGUGUUUAUAUAAGAGAAAGGUAAGCAAUGCAGAUUGGACUGUGUUUUAUGUUUUUUUGCUUCGAUACA